UGUUAGCUGAAGUUUAAUUCCAUGGAUAAUACAGGCUUACGCUGAUUAAUACCAGGUGGACGAGGACUAAUAGUCUGCUUAUUGCAGGUAAAGAGGAUUGCGUUCAGACCCUCAGACAGACCCCUGCCUUGCUGAGCCAGACACAAAACCCUAAAAAAUGUCCAGUCAAAACGUUGGUCAAACAUCCCGUUCGGAGCACAUCGAAACUAACGGGUCGUCCGAAGUGGCUCCAAAUGGGCGUCUGAAGGUGAUUUCCAGAUCAGACUCGGACCUGCUGGCUUCCCCUGAUUGUGAGGACGUCGGGCCUGUUUUUGGCCAGAGCGAAUCUCUGUCUGACUGCGCUGCUCAGAGGAAGGAAACGGAGCAGAUGCCCUCGCUCGCCUCCGAAUGGGACGAGAUUGAAAGGAUCAUGACUUUAAUUGCUGGCAUUGAGAUCCCAGAGGAACAUCAGCCUACGCUGGAAGAUGCAGCUGGGAGCCGCGUGCUGGAGCAGUCGGUGGGGGAGUGGCUGGAACACGUGGGCUUUCCUCAGUACGAGAGCAAACUGGUGCUCAAUGGCUUCGACGAGCUGCGCUACAUGGGGAGUAACGUGAUGGAAGACGAGGACCUUCAUGAAAUUGGCAUCACCGAUCCUGGCCACAGAAAGAAAAUCCUUCAUGCAGCAAAAAGCCUUCCAAAGGUGAAAGCUCUGGGAUGUGACGGCAGCACCUCUCUGUACUCUUGGCUGGAAACUCUUGGACUCGGAGAGUAUCUGCACAACUUCUUGUCUAGCGGGUACCGCACGCUGGAAUGUGUGAAGAAUCUGUGGGAACUGGAAAUUGUUAAUGUGUUAAAAAUCGGCCUUCUUGGUCACAGAAAAAGGAUCAUAGCCUCGAUAGCAGAGCGACCGUAUGAAGAAGCACCUUCGAAAACAAACCGUUUUUCCCAGCUCAAGAUUCAGGACCUGCUGUCUCAGAAUGCAUCACCGCUCAGUUAUAUGGAUCCAUACACCAGUCGCUCCAUGGACAUGUUACUUCCGCUUGGAGAGGCAGGCAGGAAGAGCAGAGCUUUGGAUCAGGACGGCAGUAUCUCCCUUCGCUCCUUCGGUGAAAGGUCACGUUCACAUGAUCGUCAUGCAGAUCGACACUCACGUCAGAAUCGCCCUACCAGCCAAUCUCACACAUACACCACUGUCUCCGCCUGGCACCAUCAUCCUGAGAAGCUUAUCACCGAAUCCUGCGUAUAUGAGGCCAGAUAUUUGGGGUCUGUGAUCAUCCGAGACCUACGAGGAAUUGAAUCUACACAGGAGGCCUGCGCUAGAAUAAGGAAAUCAAAGGAUCACCGGAAAGGUCCCGUCAUAAUCCUGAAUAUCACCUACAGAGGAGUUAAGUUUGUUGACGCAGCCACAAAGGCGAUGGUUGCAGAGCAUGAGAUUCAGGACAUCUCAUGUGCGGCCCAGGAUCCAGAUGACCUCUGCACAUUUGCUUAUAUCACAAAAGAUAUGAAGUCUGGUUACCAUUUCUGCCAUGUCUUCACUACUGUAGAAGUGACACAGACCUAUGAGAUCAUCCUGACGCUGGGACAGGCGUUUGAGGUCGCAUAUCAGAUGGCUCUCCAGGCACAGAAGGCCCGUCGUCACAGUUCUUAUGCGGGUCCAGCUCCUGAAAACAUCGAAAUCAAGACCAACAGGCCCACCUCGCAGUCCCGCAACAGUACACGCCGCUCCACCGGUGCACCUGUGCUUGAAUGCCGCUGCUGUUACUGUCACACAUGCUCCGCCCACCGCCCCUCCUACCUCCCGCUGCCCUCUAUCAGCCCCGGAGUUCAGAUCGACCCGCUGGAGCUGGAAACAGACCUGCAGUCCCUGGGCAGCACCAGCUGGCUCUACGAACCGCGGAGCUCCUCCAGGCCUUCGAGUAGCACCAAGUAUGAGACCACCAUAUUUUGAAGCAGGGCACAGUCCUUGUCCAGUCCCGCCUGCUGCCCCAUUUCAACCCCACGCCCCAUAAACUCGAGUGCCCCGUGCCUUCUCACUGUGAUUUGUAGCCUCCCUCAGGGCAAGACUACUUCCCACGCCAAUCCCGACCCCAGUCCUUGCCUGCAUUGCCCUCUCAGAAAGCCGAACGCCUCCACCAUCCUUUAUUGUCAUCCUGAUCCAAUGAGCGCAUUCUGGAAAUCCUUGGAUUUGCCGUAUAACCAGCCUCCUCAAACUCUUCCGUCAUGGUCCAAAAUCGCCUCUGAAAAGCUUCCCUAUUUUAUACAUUACUGAAUGUUUACGGUUUGGUCCCUCGUAUCAGAGGGUUCUCUUAUUUCAAAACCUCUGAACUUGUAGGCGCAGGGUCCUAUCGAGUAGCUCGGACACUUGUAGCAUAUCUACAUCUCCUCAUACGGAUGGAUACAUUGGCGGAACUUUUAUUAGAAAUUAGUAGAUCCACAAACUGCAACAGCAAUACUAGUACUGUUUUUCAAGUUUACGUAUGUUCACGAUCAUGAAUGCAGCAUAACGCAGAUUCCCAUCGAUGCUCCUCAAUCCCUGUAGCACUAGAUCACUUUUUAUUUUCCUGUAGUUGGACCCACGUUUCCCCCCUCCAGCCGUUCUUCAGUUUUUCAAAAAAAAAAAAAAAAAGAGUUGGGUCUUUAAUCUCAAUUCACAUCCAGUGCUUCCUUUUGUCUUACCAGGCAUCUGCAGCUCUGAGGCCCUUGGAAGAAACACUAUGCCUGUUUAAUUUAGAGGUUGGGAUUUGAAAUUCAAUACAUUUACUGGGAAGAGUAUAAAACAGCCCCAAGAAAAUGGAAUAACCAAGACAACAUUCCCAUUCUGUUUUCUAGUUAUUUUUUUGGGAUGUCAUUUGUUUAACAAGCUUUUAUCUAACAAGGGAAUACAUUUUAUCUGGUAAAGUUCUAUAUUUAUAACUUUACAUUGUUAACAUCACAUAAGUGCGUGUAUUGCCUCUGUUCAUUUUGUGAUUGAUGAGUUGUUGUGUAAAAUUAGUUACCUCUGAGAGUUCCACACACACAAAAAAAGUCAUUUGCAGAAAAAUGAGACAAAAUAUUUUCGUAGACUUGAUAAAGAUAUAUGUUACUAUUUUCAAUUGUAAAUGAAUUUCCAUGGUGAGAGUUAUCUUUAGGUAAAAUGAUAAUGAAGCCAAGAUGAGAAAAUGCACCAAGGCUAGAGUAAAAAAAAAAAAAAAACAGCCUUACGCAUAUUGUGACAUGUACUGAUUGAAAAACCACUGUAAGUUUGCACCACUUUGUUUAUUCACACAAAAAAAAGAAGUUAUUUGAGUGUGUUAGAUGCUAGAAAUGUGUUAAUUCUGGUUGAUUCUGUUUCAUGGUUUGUUUUGUGUUGUUUCAUGUACCACGUUCACACUGCAGGUAAAUGCGCUUUUUUGUCCCGCAGUUCUGUUGUUUACGGAAGUAACAAAAGUGAUUUAAAACCAAAUUUACGUAGGAAACGUUAGCUGUUUCUCAAUAUUUGCGUUCUUCGGCGAUCUUGCGUCCUCGUGUUCUCGUGUAACGUCAUCAUCAACUGCCAAAGUUCAGUUCCAAUACUCAAGACCGCAAGAACCGAGGACGCAUAGAAUCACCCAGAGGCAACACUCUAGUGCGAUUUGUGAAACAGCCACUUGAUGACGCUAGUGUCACGCGGCAGCCAUUUUGAAAUGAAAAUUCCAAUAGAACAACAGCAUAUUACAAGUCUGUAAAAUAAACUAUUAAAAGUGCAGAUGAUUGUGAUAGUAAGUGUUGUAUUGUCGUUUUUCAGGUUGUAUCUCAGAUUAAAUUCGCUUUUUAAAUAAAUAAAUAAAAAACAAAGCAGCUGCUUGCCAUCGCGACUGCAAUAAGGUCCAAUGGACGACCGUUUGCUUUCACUCCAAAAUGGUGAAAUCACAGAGCUGUUGCUGGGCGCUGCUGUUGCAAUGGAACGUUAUAUUCAGUGUUGCCUCUUGGUAAUUCUAAGCUCUAGAAGUCCCAGAAGUCAUUGCGACUGGAGAUGGGAAGCGCAACAUUUUAUAUAGAUUUAUUAUUAAAGUUCAGAGAUAUCACUUAUAUAUCUCUGGUGUUUCCCUAAAAGACACGAUGAAAAUAAACAUUAUCAUGAUAAUCUUAAUAAAGGCAUAAACACAUUAAGGGUGUUUAUUUGCUGAAAUUCAUAUUAAAAUCUUUUUAUAUAUAUUGUGCAACGUAUAUUUGUAAAGUCUUUAUGCAUAGUAAACAUUUUGAAAAGGGGGAAAACAACAAAUCGUUGUAUGAAUGAUGUAAUGUUUAAAUAAUUUUCCAUUAAAAACGCGUGAAGGUCACGUGAUCAUAAGGAAGCAAGCAGCGUUCUCUGUUCUCGCGGUCCACCGAGUUCGUUCUUCCGAGGUGACCCUGCAAGACCGGUCUUCACAAGAACGCAAGUCCGUUUUCUGCGUUCUUGGAAUUGAGAAACAGCCGUUAAAUUGCGUGUUUUGCUACAUUAGUAGUAAAACUAAUGUAGUAAAAACGAAUGUAUUAAGCGUAGCGUGUGCGCAUGCGCAUCCAUUGCGCAACAGAACCGAACAUCAUUCAUGCAGCUACGUUACUCAAGGUUUGAGGGUGAAAGAAAAUCACAGAAACGGAGGUAUGUGUUUUGAUUUUUGUAUGAAUUUCAGUAGUUUUCCACUAACCUUAUUUUCUACCACCAACUUUUAAUACGAUUGGAUAGAAAUAAGCCUUUGGUCACGUAUAUUUUGUCUAUUUUACAACCCUCGCUACGAAACGCUGUCGAUACUGUCACACUAACGGUUGCUGUCAAAAAAUGGUCGCGUUCAGAAGGGAUUUAUGUAUUUAAUACAUAAACAAAAUCAUAAUUGAGCUGAUAAUUUCUCAUUUUAAUGUUGUUUUCCAUCCCCAAAACGUUGCAGUGUGUACGUGGUUGUUUAUUUAUUCUUGUGUAACGUUAAGUUAGAAAGAAGACUUGAUUCAGGCUGUUGUUCACCUAUGAACUGCACUGUUUGUCUCUCAUGUUCUGUUCUAUGGAGUUAUCUGUUAAACUUGUGGUAGUUUUUUUGUGACUGUGUUGCACAUCCUCAGUCUCCAGCCAUCACUGUCAUCCUCACGCUUUAAUAACCAUCGUUUCACUUUGUUUUGUCCCAUUUUGUCCCAUUGAAAAUUGCCAAAGAGGCUAACAGACCCAUUUCACCUAUGCCAUCACGUCCUGUAACGUGAGCUUUGUGUAUUUUUUGACACUGUGUUCACAUUUCUGACACAUUUUUUAAAGAUUUCCAAUUUAAUAAGCAGUCCUGACUGGGCUCUGAUUGGGAUUUUAGAGCAUUCCCAUUUCUGAAUUCCAAUGUAUUUUUCCUUGUGUAGCUGACUCCACCUUUCAAGUUUCCGGACACCAAGGUGUGAAUUGAAGGGGACUCAGGUGAAACUUUAUGUGUGAGUCCAAAUGAGGAAGAAAUCGAGUGAGUAUGCGAGAGAGAAAGAAAAAUACUAAAUUAGCACUUAACUGCCGUAGCAAACGGACUGUCCAAAGUUCCUCCUACUGCAAAAAUGAACUUGAAUGAGGACAUUACUCAACCGAUUAACUGAUUUGUUGGUGUUGCGAAAAUGGACCUAAAAGUCAGAUAUUAAAAUAUCAAUCAACAUGGUUAAAUUUAAUUGAAUCUCACACAGAUGUGUCAUAUUUCACCCCAAAAUCAAAAUGAAGAGAUUUUGCAUUACUCAAAUGAAGUCUUAGGACUAUUAUCAUGACCAUAAUAGUUGUCAUAAUAGUCAUAAUAUCAUGACCAUAAUGAUUUAUUUUAUAUUAAAAACUGCAAUAAAUCAAAUGCAGUGUAAAAAAUACA